AUGAAGCUCCAGAAAGACUUGGAGAGUGUUGAAACGAAGCUACAUAAAGCGAACGCGUCCCUUAACGAGGAGAAGACGAUGAGACUCGUCGCCGAGCGAGCGAUCGAGCGUCUCGAAUCCGAAACAAGUGAUAUCGAAGAGGAGAGAAACGAUUUGGUCGGUCAGUGCGACCAGUACAAGAAGUUGGCUAAUCAGCUCGGGAAACAGGUCACGGAGCUCCAGAAAACUUGUGGUGAGUUGGAAUGCAAUUUAUCGGAAGUGAAAAGAAAUUUGGAAGUAUCUAAGGCGGAAGUACGAGUUAUCAAGGAAGAGAGCACCCAGCAUUUAACGCGUAUGCACGAGCUGAACGAAGCAAAUCAAGCAUUGUCGACGGACCUGCAGAAUAGUGUAGAUCAAGGACAGGAUCUAAGAGGACGAGUCGUGGAAUUAGAGGAAGUACUUGAAGAGAUGCGACAAUUUUAUCAAGAACGCGAGAUGAAGGCGGGCAGUACGUGCCAGCAACAGACAAAGCUAAUCGAUUAUCUACAGAUGAAGCUGGAAGAGACUAGCAAACGCAAGAAAACUGUCUGCGACAUGAUCUUCGGCACAAAAUUGAAGGAAAAUGUGCCACCGGUUAAUCCAAGCGCCAUGCCCGUUGGCUAUCGCGAAUUGGAAAAUCAAUUAGAGCGCGAGCGCGCCAAGGUCAAAACAUUAACGGAGCAGCUUCUCACUAUCAAAGCAACUCGGGUUACGAGUCCCCUGUCCGCUUCAAAUCCAACGUCACCGGAGAAGCCCUCGGUGGACGUAGCGGACGAAGUGUUGACAAGGCAGUUGACAAUGCAACGGAUGCGCCAUAACAUACCGCAUAGAUUCAAUGUCAGUUUGCCGAUGAGGGCGGGCAAGUGCGCGGCCUGCACGGAGUCGAUACAAUUCGGCAAGCGAGCGGCCAUAUGCAACGACUGCCAGAUAAUGACGCAUCUGAAGUGCUCGGUCUCGGUGCCAGCCAAUUGCGGUUUGCCCGGCAGUUUUGCUCGGCAGAUGAACAAAAACUACAGAUCGAGUUCGGAGAGCCUGUCCAGUUUCGGGGGUAGUGUACAAACUUUGGCGAUCGACGAGCCAGACGACGUUCCAGAAAAGGACGUUAAUUGCGCGCAUAAAACUAACGAUAGCGCCAGCGUGUCGAUGGAGAGUUGGGUAAAGCUCCCGUCGCGCACCAAAUCCUGCUGGGAGCGUAAAUACUUAAGACUGGAAGGCUCUUGUCUGAGCACCUACGAGCAUCAGCCGAGUCCAGGAAUGGCAUCGAUUGCCCGCUUGGAUCUUAUGGCAGAUGAUGGUUUUAUCGUGAGUGAGACGAUACAUCAAGCUGAGGUACCUGGCACUGCCAAUUCCGACAUGCCCUUUAUACUCAGGAUAGAGUCUAAAUCGCCCUCAACGUGCUGGCCGACCUCUAGGUUGGACAUAAUGCUACUUAGUCAGCAGGACAAGAAGAACUGGCUCAAGGCUUUAAAAACCUACUCGAGCCAAUCGACAAAGACUGAAAAAUUACAAACCAUAAUGAGAUUAGAGAAGAAUCAGCUGGACUUGAAUACCGUGGUAGAAAUGGAAGAGGACAAUAUUUUGUUAUUCGGCGCCGAAGAGGGUCUGUUCUCCUAUCGAAUUGGCCAAUCCCGCUGCUUGACAGCAAUACGGGGCGUCAAAAAGGUUUAUCAACUCACUUUGCAUCCACAACUGGGCAUGGCUCUUAUGAUAGCUGGGGAAGAUCGACAACUCGUCUCCUGCGACCUACGCCAAUUGAAAAGCAACGCUUUGGCCGCCGAAUGCUCGAGGCCAGCAAUCAAUACGAAAGCUGUGCUCACGGGAUCCGAGAGUUGCCAUUUAUAUCAGAUUCAAGACGAGCUCCUUUGCGCAGCCACGGCGAGCUACAUAAUCUUACUUAAGUGGACGUCGAAAGACGAUUCUAAGGAAUUCAUAAGUGUUCGAGAAUUUGAAACGCGAGACCCUUGCAGUUGCGCCUUAUUUACCAAAAAUAUAUUAGUCGUUGGUUGUCAUAAAUUCUUCCAAAUUGAUAUUAACAACUACUUAAUCGACGACUUUCCAGAAGAGGAUGAUAAUUCAGUAAAAGCCGCUCUUAAUGGUGUUGCCAAACUUGGCAUUUUUCCCGUUCAUAUACUCGACGUUUCACAAAAUUCACAAAAUAUCGAACUCUUACUCUGUUAUAAUGAAUUUGGGGUUUUUGUCAAUGAAAAUGGCCAACGAACUCGAAACGUUGAUCCAUCAUGGAGUCAUUUACCUUUCGCCUUCGCUUAA